UAUUUAGUCCCCACCACAGCCCUUCCUUUCUUCACUGCUGGACUCAGUCUCCUCUCUCCACAAACUGCACACUCAGAAACUUUGAAACAUGGCUCUGGUAUCUGAAUUCCUGGGACAGCUCACCCUGAAUAUUGGGGGAGCUGAACCCACCUACCCUACUGUGGUUCCUGCCUCUGACUUCGACCCUGACAAGGAUGCUGCCAGAAUUGAGACCGCUAUCAAAACAAAGGGGGUGGACGAGCAGACUAUCACCGACAUCCUGACCAGACGCACAUACAACCAAAGGCGAGAGAUUGCCUUUGCUUAUGAGAGGAGAGCCAAGAAGGAUAUGAUCACUGCCCUGAAGGGGGCGCUAUCUGGCUCUCUGGAGGCACUGGUCCUGGGUCUUAUGAAGAGCACAUCACAGUAUGACGCUACUGAGAUCAAAUCAUCCAUCAAGGGUCUCGGGACCGAUGAGGAGACUCUGAUUGAGCUCGUCUGCUCCCGGAGCAGAUCAGAGCUUGUGGAGAUCAAGAGCGUCUACAAAGAACUUUUCAAGAAGGAUCUGGAGAAGGAUGUGGCUGGAGACACGUCAGGCGAGUUCCGGGCACUCCUGCUGGCCCUCGUGGAGGCCAAGAGAGAUGAGCCAAGCACUGUGGUAGACUACGAGAAGAUCGAUGAAGAUGCCAGAGCUCUGUACGAGGCUGGCGUGAAGAGGAAAGGCACUGAUGUGAAGACCUGGAUCUCCAUCAUGUCUGAGAGGAGUGUCCCUCACCUGCAGAAAGUGUUUGACAGGUACAAGAGCUACAGCCCGUAUGACAUGCAGGAGAGCAUCAGGAAGGAGGUGAAGGGGGACCUGGAGAAGUCCUUCCUCACACUGGUUCAGUGUUUUGAAAACAAACAGCUAUACUUUGCCAGCAGACUCGCCGAAGCCAUGAAGGGCAAAUCGGCGAAGGACAAAGUCGUGACCAGAAUCAUGGUCUCCAGAUGCGAGGUGGACCUGAUGAAGAUCCGCUCUGAGUUUAAGAAGCAGCAGGGCAAGUCUCUGUACCAGACCAUCGCUGAACACACUAAGGGUGACUACCAGAGGGCCCUGCUGACCCUGUGUGGAGGAGAUGACUAGAGCAGAGCUACUAGCUGUUUCUACCCUCCAUCUCUGAACUCUUAUAUCAUGUCUCUUAAAGUAGACCAUACAAUCCAAUUCCAGUUCUGCCAAAUCUAGAAGGAUGACCAGUCUAAUUGUUAUGCGAAUGUUGCUUACCUACACUUGCAGCCAAUAUCCAUCUUUUACACAAUGUACUGUAGAAAACCAUCGACAACUGGUCAAAUUAGGAUGGUCACGUCCAUUAUUCAUCAUUCAUCAUAGUAUCAAAUAAGGACACUGGAUGAAGUGAUCAAAUGAAAUCAGUCACUGGAGUGAAUGUGAAUCACUCAACAUGGCGUCAGGCAUACCAAGUUGACAAUUGUGUAACCUAGUUAUUUGUUUUCUCUUUUGUAUGUGCUUUUGUUUUGAAAAUAAACUAUGUUGAAUAUUC